UGUUUUUUUUUAAUAAAAAAAACAUUUUAAAUUUAAACGUCUUAAAAAUUAUCGUCGGUAUAAUGAAUAUUUAAAAAUAGAACAUUAGAAGCGUGGAUUUGAAUUCAUUCGAAUUUAUCGUUUCAAUCCUUAUACAAUCAAACACUCCGUAAAAAAGGUACAAAUACAAAUUUUACUUCAUUCGAAUUUCGUUUUUUUUUCUUAGGUGAGUAUGGAAAUGUGAUAGCCAGAACAACAUUGUAGGAUUACUUCGGCGCAAUAAAGUCAACAUCGCGACACAGAUCACGGCGUGCCGUGUCGGGGUAAACAAGUCGGUUUAAUGAUAAGAAGAGACCCGCCGCCAACCAGUCGCGCGCGCCCGCCCGCCCAACGCACGUGUUUCAAGCUGCAACAGAUAACAACAAAUACUUAAAUUCAACCUUAUGGAUAAGCAGUGGGCUGAGAGGCGCGAAUACGAGACACCAUGGGAGGACGAGUACGUGUUUAAAAACAUGGAGAAAGAGUCGACUACGAAGGUCGUGGAGGCGCUAUCUGAGGCUAGAGUGGGCGUGUCAGGAUGGGAGGCUCAUGGGAAUGCCUGGAGUGCGGCCCUGGGAGCUGUGAUAGGAGCUGGGACAGUCCUGAUCCUUGCUGUCAUAGUCCUCAUGUGGAGAAAACCGAGGAGGUCGGAGUUGCCUCUGCUGGCGCCCAUGGAUGUUGCUCAUUCCGAGAUGCUGAUACCGAAGGAGCAAUGUCGAGUGCAGCCACUAGCUACCGAGGGCCGGGCAGCCAGCUCGCUGCCACACGCGAGGCUGGCCAGAACCCCUUCCAUAUCAUCCCAGAGCAGCCUUGAUAGCGGAACCUCCAGAGCUACCAGUCACCGCGGCUCAUCACCAGCGAUCCGUACCUUCGCUCCUGAUGGUCGCACGCUGGAGGCUGGUGCUAGCGGCGUGCCACGCUCACCGUCGCCGCUGCGCGCCGCCUCCCUGGACGUGAGGGCGGCACCCCUUGCUCAUGGCUCGCUCGCGUCGCUUGCUGAUACACCGACACCUUCCAGUCCCAGGCACGCUCCGCCACGAUGCCUAUCACCACUUUUGAUGCCGCCAAGGCGGAUAGACCGCAGCAAUUCUCUAGUGGAGAGCAGCAGCGGCCUCGGGCCCUUGAGUCCUGGCGCCAGUGCCACCAUCAGCUCGCUGGGAGCUCUGCAGCCCGACCUCUACACCAAGAGAGAAGCACCUCUGGUAAUAGAACUGGAAGGAGCUGGACCCUCGCUCGGCAGGAUCCAUCUGCGCUUGAAGUAUGACUUCGAUCGCUCUGAUUUGGAAGUGCAUCUUAUUGAAGCUCACGACCUAGCUGGUUACGAAGCAGGCGGCUUCAAUGACCCAUACGUUCGUGUCACGUUACUGCCUGAAGUGGACACUCGAGUGCGUCAGACGCCAGUGCACCGGAACGAGGCGAAUCCGUUCUUCGACCAACACUUCAAGUUCCCCGUGUCGCAUGAUGAGCUGUCUGAUAAGACGCUGUUGCUACAAGUGUUUGAUUAUGACAGGUUCUCUCGCAACGAAGUUAUGGGCUCUGCUAAAGUCCCUCUCUCCCGCGUGGAAGUAGCCGGGGGAGCAGAAGUGUGGGCUGAGCUGUCGCGAGAGCGGCGACCACCAGAGGAGCUGCAGGAACUGUUGCUGUCUCUAUCUUACCUACCGUCAGCUGAACGACUCACCGUCGUUGUACUGAAGGCAAGGAAUCUGCUGCCGCCGCAAGAGGGGAAAGAUGCUUUAGAUGUAUAUGUCAAAGUAUACCUGCUGGUGAAUGGCAAGCGCGUGAAAAAGAAGAAGACAAAUAGGAAAGAAAUCAACAGCCCCGUGUGGAACGAGGCUCUAUCCUUCAGCUUGCCCUCUGCUAAUCUACAAGAGGCUUCCAUUGAGGUAUGCGUGGUGAGCGGCGGCAGCAGCGGGCUGGUGGUGGGCUGGUGUUGUGUGGGCGGCGCGGAGCCGGCCGCCGAGGGCCGCCACUGGGCGCAGAUGGCGCACGAGACACGCAAAGCCGUCGCCAUGUGGCACACCCUCAGAUAGACUGCCCAUAGCUCGUGGUUACACCUCGUCUAGUUCAUCCAAGACCGAUUUAUGCAUGUAUAUGCACUUAUGCAACUCUUGUUAAGUCUGUCCUUCUGUAGAUAUGACUGUUGUAUAGUUAGCAUUGGCGUCAUAGAGAUUAAAUGGGUGUGGUAUGGAAGACUAAACAAAAUAACUAAGAAAGAACGCUUUUAAACCUCAAAUAGUAAGAAACGGUUGGAUGUUAAAAGUAUGGAGGCAUUUAACUCAAAAUAUUGAUUUGGUCUAAGGGUAGACAACUAAGCACGGGUACACGUUUCUAGAUAGGUAGGUAGGUAGAAAAUAUAGAAUCCAACAUUUUUGCAAUGCAGAAUAUUUGUUUUCACAACAUCCCACAUUCUAACACACGAAGCUUAGAAGUUAGACGCAUACGGAGUAUUUUUUAACCACUAAUAUAUAUCAAUGUGUAUUGUUAGCUAUGUAGUUCAAUGUGUCGAGUAGGUACUUAAACAUUAAUCCCUAUGACGUCACUGAAUCACCAUUAUACCUGUUACUUGUCUACAAACUAUAGUAGUCAUUUCAAUAUAACAAUAAUCUACAUUAUAAUAAUUAUCCUAUACUAGUAUACUUAUAGGUACUUCGUAUCUGGUCGCUUCAGUAUACAGCCAAAGAUUGGCAUAUUUUAAUAACUGUGUAGAUGCAAUACGUGUAACAUGUUCAAUAUUUAAUAGCUUCAUGAAUUCGUCUAAUCGUCGUGUCACGGUUCCCUAUCUUGAAUCUUACAAUAGUUGUACUUGAAUGUCAUUAGUCAUUGAUAUAACAUGUUAUUGAUAUCGAAAUAUUAUCGUAACUAUGUAAGUGUUUGCGGUUUUAUGUGAGUACUUAGUUCUUAUCAAUAAUGUCAAGUUUAAAUGCAUUUUUUCUAUUCAGUGCUAUUAGUGAGCGUGGCUAGACGGCAAAAUAAUUGUUUUGAGGUUUACUUUCGAUUAUGCACUUAAUGUGGGUAGGCAACGUUUAUUUAAUCGAAUGCCUCUAGUUGUACCUUGCCAUAAAUAGACAGAAAUUAACGAAAUGUCUCGAGCCUAAUUUUUGGAAAUAGAUAGUGAAAACCUGUAGCAACAGUAUACCUAUCUACUAUAGCAAGAGUUACCGUCAGUCCGGAUUACCCCGGCUUUUCCAUAGUUCAGAGGGGAUCCCAGGAACUUCCGGAGGGGGAAUAUAUUUGUCAUACAGGUUUAAAAAGUUAAGAAUCGUCUUAAAAUUAAGACAGCAUGUUUUAAAAGCAACAACUGUUGACGUGACCAGGGUCCUGGGCUCCGAGAAUCCGGGGUUUCCACGUCUGGUACUGGUUGCCAGUUUGCCAGUUAGAGAUGGCAACCCUUAUUAUAGCUGUCUAUAUUGAGGGCAAGGUUUACUUAGUAUCUACAUAGAACUGUAAACACUGAAUAAUAAAUGUUAUUUAUGAAAGUUAUAAACUAUCGCUACACAGCACUGAUUAUAGAGGUACCUAAUGUAGAUAAUCCGCUAGAUUUAUCGCUCACCGAUAAACUAGUGAGAUGUCAUGUGAGCGUGUUCCAAUGUCCCCACGUUUAGGGUAUAUAAAUAAGUUUAAUGUCCCCUUAUGAAGACUUGACUUGUAUUACACUCCCUGCCUUCUGUACUGUCCAAUCUCAACUGUGGGCUCUAACUUCAUAUAUAUGUAUAAAUAUUAUAACAAAUGUAGUAGAAACAUAUUUAUCUUGUUAAAACUUUACAUAACUCCUUACUGUUCUCGAGGAAAAAAAUAUUGAGCUUUUGGAACACCCAAAGAAAAAUCUUAUGAAUAUAUAGAGGUUUAUAUAAGGCGUUAAUUUUGGAAAAGUUUUUUUUUGUAUAUUUAUCCAGAUGAUGUGGUGUAUUCUCAUGUUCUGUACUAUCACGUGUGCCCACAGUUAUCCUGUCACAUAACUAGUUAUUAAUACUUAGUAGUCAUUCAAUAGAAUGAACUCACGUCAGUUCGAGGGUUUUAUAAAUUAUAUCGAAUUUUAUUCCAAAAAUAUACGUACA